AUGUCUAAACGAGCGUCUGACGUCGUCGUCGCCAACCUCCCCUUCCACCACGCCCCGGCCUCUAAGAAGGCCCGGCGGACGGAAUAUCAGCAGCAGCUGCAGCAACUACCGCCACAGCAACCGGCCUCUUACAUGCCCGCGGCGUUGCCCUACGACUACUCAUACGUCACCUCGCCCGCGUCCGACCAUGGCUACAACACCGGGUCCCCGUCAGCCUCGUCGGACGUUUCCUCCGUCGACUUUGCGGCCCCGACUGCACCCUAUGCCGGGGCUUCGCCGGCCAGCUCCGCCGCCGCGGGCGACUUUGCGGCGCCGUUGUACGCCGGCCCCGCCGCAGUCUUCAACACAGCCAUGGACACGAACACGCACGCAGGCAACACCACAGCUGCCUACGCGCUGCCGCCUUCAUCCUCCUCGUCGUCCUCCUCCUCGUCAUCAUCAUCAAAUUCUACAUACGCAGCUGGCCUGCCUUCGCACGAGCAAUACCCCUCGUACACCCAAGCCGACAUCGACUCGUGCUUCGACGACGACUUCGACCUCGAGGUGGAGAUCAACACCGCCAUGGGCCUGCGCAUGCGGCCCCGACCAACACAAGGAGACUCGCCGGCGGGGAGCGCCCUGCCGGCCAACGCGCUCGGCGCCGGGCCGUGGCCGUCCCAGGUGUCCCUGCCACUGACCUUUGGCAUGCAAGUCGAGGGCGUCAUCCCUGGAGGACCCGACUUUGCCGCGGGGUCGUACCAACCCGUCGCUCAUGGACGAUGGCCCUAUGCCGCUUAACCGACCGGCUUUGGGUCUUUGGAGGCGCGUCGACCCCAUCAUGCUGCGGCAUGGAUCAAAAAGGCGGAGGGGAGAGGAUGGCGUUUUGGCGUGUCCCGUGGGCGGUUUUCUUUACUGCGGUGGUAGAUACCGCCAGCCGACACGAAAACAAUACCAU